AUGUGCCACUUCCCGGAUUUCACAGAAGCCACCUAACUCGAAGCAGGCUGCCAUGACCAGCCAGUCUCAGGGGAUCCACCAGCUCCUUCAGGCAGAAAAAAGGGCCAAGGACAAGCUAGAGGAAGCCAAGAAGAGGAAAGAGAAGCGAUUGAAGCAAGCUAAGGAGGAAGCCAUGGCAGAAAUUAACCAGUACAGAAUGCAGAGAGAUAAGGAGUUUCGACUGAAACAAUCUAAGGUAAUGGGGUCUCAAAGUAAUCUCUCAGAGGAAGUAGACGAGCGAACACUCGGGAAGAUAAAAGAAUUGAAUGGAAGCUACAACAAGUACAUGGAAGUCGUGCUGAAACAGCUUUUGAACAUGGUUUGCGACGUGAAGCCGGGAAUCCACGUAAACUACAGAGCUACCCACUAAACGUGCACCCUACUGCUCAAUAAAUGGGUCACCGUAUUUGGAGGUGGGCCAUUUAAUAAGUAAUUGAGUCAGGAGAGUGGAGCCCUCGUGAUUAGAAUUCGCACCCCUAUAAGACACCAGAGAGCUAGUUCACUCAGAGAGGAGAAGUUGGCAAUCUGCAACCCGGAAGAGGGCUCUCACCAGCCCCUGACCAUGCUGGUACCCUAAUCUCAGACUUCCAGCCUCUAGAACUAUGAAAAGUAAAAUUUUUGUUAUUUAUAAGCCA